GAAGUGUAAAGAAAAACUCUGUUUGAGUCUUUGGCUGUCACUCUGUCCAUCAGAGAGGUCGGAGUGAAGCUGAGGCUUGUUUUCAUAUUAAUGGCAGUUAGACGAGAGGGAUAAUAAAACGGCUCAAUAUGGGAGAUGAUGGUAUGGAUUACAACAUAGUUUUUCCGGAGCCCGAGCUGUCAGAGAGAUACUGGCGCGGCUUGAAGCAACCAGUCGUUAUCCUUUUAGGCUGGGCUGGUUGUCGAGACAAACAUCUCUCAAAGUACAGCUCCAUUUAUAAUGAUCAAGGAUGUGUUACUGUCCGCUACACAGCCCCCUUGAAGACGGUGUUCAUCUCUGAAUCGUUUGGCUAUAAUGAGCUCCGCAGUACAGCGCAGAAACUGCUCGAAAUCCUUUACGACUAUGAAGUGGAGAACAACCCGAUCUUCUUCCACGUGUUCAGCAACGGCGGCUUCAUGCUCUACCGCUACUUGGUGGAGCUCCUGCAAAGCCACAAGCACUUGAGCUCGCUGUAUGUCGUGGGCUCAGUGAUGGACAGCGCACCAGGGAACCAGAACGUCAUUGGCGCCCUACGAGCUCUCAAAACCACGCUGGGCACAAAGGUCAACGCCGUGCUGCGUGGUCUUCUCUUAGCUCUGUUCGCUGUGACCGUGUUUCUGCUCAGAGUUGUCUUAUACCCCGUGACGAAGCACUUCCACAAGAACCACUACGAUGCCAUGAUGGAGAGUCCGGCGCCUUGGCCUCAGAUGUACCUCUACUCCAGAGCGGACCGAGUGAUCAGGCAUAGAGAUGUGGAGAAGAUGGUUCAAUCACUGCAGGAGAAAGGGGUGCGCGUGGAAAGCUUCGACUUCAUCACCCCGGCUCACGUGAGCCUGUUCCGAGACUGUCCUGAAGAUUAUUCGAACAGGUGUCGGACUUUCCUGAAGAGCUGCAUGACUAACUCUGAGGAGACGUUAAUGAAGAAACGCCUGUGAACGUGUAGCACUGGUUGUGUGAUCAGGUCGGGCGAUAUGGCAAAAAAAAAAAGAAUCACGAUACUGAUACUUGAAGAUAUUGUCUUGAUGUAAUAUGUAUUGCAAUACUUAAGCGCCAACAAAAUAGUCAUGCAGUUUAAAAACCGGAUUUCAGCAAUUUAUAAUCUAAAUUCAAGAAAGAAAUUUAACAUGGAAAAGGAAAACCAAGUUAAAUAUUAAUUAACAACAGAAAUAACAUCCUGUUUGCUACUGAUUACUGUUCAUAACCAUGGAGUGACCUGGUCCGUGUUAAAAAAAUAUUAGCACUCUAUUUAAGAAAACUGUGUUCCCGUAAUUUGACAAUAUUGACUGUGUAUCGUCAUAUUGCCCAGACCUACCAUAUUGUGUUCUACUGUAAAGUGUAUAUCUCUCUCUCUCUCUCUCUCUCUCUCCCUCUCCCUCCCCCCGGACUGAUGGACCUUAUAAAUUUAUAUAAGGUUUGACUGACUGAAGUGUUACAUUCGGUAUUUGUCUGGUAAUGUGAAUCAAAAGCUUUUAAUUUAAGACUUCAAAUCUACUAAAUAUCCUCAAUCUGUUUAUAACUUGUGUGCCUUCCUUGAAAUAAAGACUCAUUUCAUUGGA